AUGCCAAACGAUGAUAUUACUCACCCUAUUCCCGAUCUUACUGGUUACAUUACUGAAGGCCAAAUUUAUGUCGACCGUCAGCUGCACAACAGACAGAUUUACCCACCAAUCAAUGUGCUUCCGUCACUUUCUCGUUUGAUGAAAUCUGCUAUUGGUGAAGGAAUGACUCGUGAAGACCAUUCUGAUGUUUCCAAUCAGUUAUAUGCUUGUUAUGCAAUUGGCAAAGACGUUCAAGCUAUGAAGGCUGUAGUAGGAGAGGAAGCUUUAUCUUCCGAUGAUCUUUUGUACCUUGAAUUCUUAGUGAAAUUCGAAAAGAACUUCAUUACUCAAGGAAACUAUGAGAAUCGAACUGUUUUCGAAUCGCUUGAUAUUGGAUGGCAACUUCUUCGUAUUUUCCCCAGGAGAAAUGUUGAAGCGAAUUCCAGAAAGCACUCUUGA